AUGGCCUUUGACGGUGCGCGCGGUCGUGGCGGCGGCGGAGGACGGGGAGGUUUUUCCAGAGGUGGCCCACGAGGCGGCGGACGAGGUGGCGGUAGAGGCGGUUUCGGCGGCGGUUUUGGCGAUCGAGGUGGCCGAGGUGGUGGCCGAGGCGCUCCCAGAGGCGGCGGUGGCCGUGGUGCUCCUAGAGGACGCGGUGCUCCCAGGGGCGGUACCAGAGGCGGCAAGCCUGGCAUCAGAGGAGGAGCGAAAGUCAUAAUUGAACCUCACCGACAUCCCGGUGUCUUUGUUGCUCGUGGCGGUAAAGAAGAUCUGUUGGUCACCAAGAACCUGACUCCAGGGGAGUCUGUGUACGGCGAAAAGCGCAUCAGCGUCGAUUCAACCGAGACCCCGGCCGUUAACGGCGACGGCAACGCACCCGCUACCAAGACAGAAUACAGAGUAUGGAACCCGUUCCGCUCCAAGUUGGCAGCCGGUAUCUUGGGUGGUCUGGACGACAUCUUCAUCCGUCCCGGCUCCAGUGUGCUGUACCUGGGUGCGGCAUCAGGAACGUCGGUGUCCCAUGUUGCCGACAUUGUCGGUCCCACUGGACGAGUCUACGCUGUCGAGUUCUCCCACCGGUCAGGCCGUGAUUUGAUCACCAUGGCGACACACCGCACAAAUGUCAUCCCCAUCAUUGAAGACGCCCGACAUCCUCUACGCUACCGUAUGCUGGUCGGCAUGGUGGACGUAAUCUUCGCAGACGUUGCUCAGCCCGAUCAGGCGCGUAUUGUGGGUCUGAAUGCUCACCUGUUCUUGAAGGUCGGCGGCGGCGUUCUUGUCAGUAUCAAGGCCAACUGUAUCGACUCGACCGCGAAGCCCGAGGUUGUCUUUGCCAAUGAGGUCAAGAAGAUGCGGGAAGAGCGAAUCAAGCCCAAAGAACAGCUGACUCUCGAACCCUUUGAACGAGAUCACUGUAUCGUGGCGGGCGUUUACCAGCACAGCGCACAGUAA